GUUUCUGGAUAAAGACCCUUGCACCAACUGGGCGCCACAUUCAACUGUUUUAGUGUAUGAUAAAUAGAAUAUAGCUGUCUUACAAUUAAUUUUCAAAUUUAACUCUUGUUUUUAGUUUAAUAUAAUCCCUUUGAAUAUAACAUGGACUGUGCGGACUUUCCAAGAGUCCUCCCUAAUUCGCCGAGGAAAGCUCGGGGUCAAGUACAGGUCAUCUUUGGUCCCAUGUUCUCAGGCAAAAGCACUGAGCUGAUGAGGAGGGUGCGUCGUUUCCAGAUAGCUCAGUACAAGUGCUUGGUCAUUAAAUAUGCCAAAGACACUCGCUACACUGACAAAGGCAUGGCUACGCAUGACAGAAACACAAUGGAUGCUGUACCAGCCAACCGUCUGGAUGAUGUGAAGUCUCUGGCUCUACAAGCCUGUGUCAUUGGAAUUGAUGAAGGACAGUUUUUUCCAGACACAGUGGCAUUCUGUGAAGAAAUGGCCAAUUUGGGAAAGACAGUCAUUGUUGCGGCCUUGGAUGGAACCUUCCAAAGAAAACCAUUUGGGAACAUCUUGAACCUUGUCCCUCUAGCAGAGAGUGUAGUGAAGCUCCACGCUGUAUGCAUGCAGUGUUACAAAGAAGCUGCCUAUACGAAGAGGAUAGGAGCAGAGAAAGAGGUGGAAGUGAUUGGUGGAGCUGACAAGUAUCAGGCGGUGUGUAGAAAGUGUUAUGGAGGUCUAAUGGUGGCCAAGGAGAACAGCGCUCCUUUCAGAGAUGAAACUCCACAACACGGCAUUGCAGGAAAAGUCGUGGACUCUGGGAUUCCCAGAAAACUUUUCGCCACGCUACAACUCUGAACAUAAAACAAGACUUGCCACAAGUGUUUUGUGGAGUUGAAAGUUUAAAAACAAAAAAGUGAUGUGAUAACAUUUGAAACUUUAUGAAAUACUAACUUUUAAACUUAUAUCCUGCCACAUUUGAUUGCAUCGUCUUUUUAUGACAGGCGAAGUUUUAAUCAGUUAUCAUAUCUUUGUUUGGUGUCAGAUUGUGUAACUUGUUUGCCAUGAUGCAUAUGAGCACUUAAUAUUAGUCCUAGCACAAAUGAGACAAAUAAGAACGGAGUGAUUUUCUGUGUUCGAUGAUGUGUUUAUUUCUAGAAGCCUCUUAAACUGUAGCGUGAUUUGUUCAAUGUUUUAAAUUAUUUAUAUUAAAUGUUUUUUGUGCCAUCA